ACGUUUCAGUAGUCAGUGUGAAGCUUAAUUGCCAGCUCUCUGCUGUGUGACACAGCCAUUGUCCCUCUGAAGUUUGAACCCGAUUUGAACCACAGUGUGACAUUCAAUUCCUCCUGUGGUUAUUUCGAUUUUGCUGGUCUUGUCGAGAUUACGUGUCACUCUUUUGUCCUCUCCUUGUAUUUGUGGUUUGUCUCGUUGUUAUCAGUAUAUAAAAGACGUUCACUUGAUCGACUGUAAAGUUCAUUUCGCUUGUAACCAUGCCCCGAGGCCCUCGUCGCGCACCUCCUUCUGCUCUCCGUCUCGUGCAGGGACCUCUCCCACCACGCGCUGCUCCAAAACACACACUCCCUUCCCUUCCUUGCCCCGCUUUCCAACCCCUUCCCCAUGGACCUAUUCCCCAAUCUCGCAUACAUCGCUCAGAUUCAAUGCGGCCCACACUGUCAGACCUGCCACCACUGGAUAUAGAGAUCGCGAAUACCUACAGAUCCUCGUCGUCCACUCCAAUAUCAUCGUCACCGACGGAGCACCGCAUUCGUGGCCCUUGGAAUCAUUCAAGCGGCAUUAGCGUGCAAGUGGACAUUGAUAGUCUAAUCGCAUUUCCAAAGCCCGCAGCACUCUGUCUAUAGCUUGGGGUUGUUCAAGUGGAAGAGCUGUAUCAUUAGGGUUUCUCGGCUGGGCUGAGUGGUAUUUUCUUGUUUUUACGAGACUGGUGCUCAAGGUAU